GCGACGCAGGCGGAAAGGCGGUGUUGGGUACCCUAGAGACCAGGCAGUUGGAAGUCACUUCCUCCCGGGGACGCUGUUGCCUAGCAACUCCCUUCCGCCUCCAUCUUUUGCCCCGCCUCCAGUUUAUUCCAAUACCUGGUUUCCGAGACCGCGAGGCCCGGGCGGUGGGUGACACUUGUGCUAGAGCAUAGCCGCUGGGUUCUCAGCCACCAUCAGAAGUUGAAUGAAUUCUUUCAAUUAUUUAUUGAUUGUUGUAUAAAAGUAGAGGAAAAGGAUCCACCAUGUCGGAUGAAAUCUUCAGCACAACUUUGGCAUAUACCAAGAGUCCAAAAGCUACCAAGAGAACUUCUUUUCAGGAUGAGCUGAUCAGAGCGAUUACAGCCCGGUCAGCCAGGCAGAGAAGCUCCGAAUACUCCGAUGACUUUGACAGUGAUGAGCUUGUUUCUUUAGGUGAAUUUUCAGAUACCUCAACAGAUGAAAGUCUAGUUAGAAAAAAGAUGAAUGAUUUUCAUAUAUCUGACGAUGAGGAAAAAAAUUCUCCAAGACUGUCUUUUUUGAAAACGAAGAAAGUAAACAGGGAAAUAUCCAAAGAUGGUGUAGACUCCGUCAUUCUGGACAGUGAAGGCACAUCACCAGAUGCCCAAGAAGACAUGACUGAAAACUCCUUCCCCAAAUCUCAAAGUGAUGAUCGAGAAGUUGGCAGAGAGAUCUUUACAGCAAAGCCUGCACCCAGGCUGCCCCCCAUCAAAGGAAGUGCACUUUCAGGGGAAAACAGUCUCAAUGCAGAUGGCCACUUUAAGCCUUCUCCCCGGCCAAGGAGCAUGGUGAAAAAGAGCAGCCACAUCAAGGAAGGAAUCAGACCAGGAGUUGAUAAAGAACAUUCCUCAAGUGAAGACUCUGCUCCCACACCUUCCCUUCCAAGGCAGAAUGGCCCAGAGUUGCAAACUGAGGAAAAAGUAUACUCAGAAAACCUGGAUCUUGAGGACUCGCUCUUACAAAGUCUGACCUCAUCUUCCCUCAAAGAAAGCCCUGGAGAUGGCGCGUCACCAGGACCUCAGGAAAAGGCACCCAUGAAAGACCUCGAUGGAGAACCUACUGAAAUCUGGGAUUCCUUGAUAUCAAAUGGAAAUGAAGGAAGUUCAGUUUUGGUGAACUGUGUUACUCCUGAACUUGAGCAGCCCAAGGAAGGUCAGGUGGCAGCUGACGAUCUUGAGGAAGAAAGAGAGAAGGGUGGAUUUACAGAAGAUGACCUCACCACUGACCCACUGCUCUCCACAUCCCCGAGUGUCAUAACACCCACUGAGCCAGCAGAGCCGGCCAAGAAAACAAAUGAAGACAGAAACACGAAGAAUAAAAAGACAACGAAUAACAGAGUGUCCAGUGCCUCGGGCAGGCUGAUGACCUCUGAGUUUUUAAAGAGAUCCAGUGCCACAAAAAGAAGUCCAUCUGCAGCUACCUCCUCUCACUAUUUAGGGAAUUUGAAAGUCUUGGACCAGAAGCCAACACGGAAGCAGAGCCUAGAGCCAGACAAGGCUGAUCGCAUAAGGGCAGCUGUUUAUCAGGAGUGGUUAGAAAAGAAAAAUGUGUAUUUACAUGAAAUGCACAGAAUAAAAAGAAUUGAAAGUGAAAACUUAAGGAUCCAAAAUGAACAGAAAAAAGCUGCUAAGAGAGAGGAAGCAUUGGCAUCAUUUGAGGCCUGGAAGGCCAUGAAAGAAAAGGAAGCAAAGAAAAUAGCUGCAAAAAAGAAGCUGGAGGAAAAAAACAAGAAGAAAACAGAAGAAGAAAACGCCGUGCGGAAAGGCGAGGCCCUGCAAGCAUUUGAGAAAUGGAAAGAGAAAAAGCUAGAAUACCUCAAAGAGAAGACCAGGAGGGAGAAAGAGUAUGAAAGAGUGAAGAAACAGAAAGAAGAAGAAGCGGUUGCUGAGAAAAAGAAAGACAGUUUAACUGCUUUUGAAAAAUGGACUGAGAAAAAGGAAGCUCUCCUCAAGCAAAAGGAAAAGGAGAAAAUAAACGAGAGAAGAAAGGAAGAGCUGAAGAGAGCAGAGAAGAAAGACAAAGACAAGCAAGCCAUCAGUGAAUACGAAAAGUGGCUGGAAAAGAAAGAAAGGCAAGAAAGAAUUGAACGGAAACAAAAGAAGCGCCACUCCUUCCUUGAAAGUGAGACACACCCACCAUGGAGCCCACCAAGCAGAACUGCGUCCUCAAAAGUAUUUUGACGUUUCUGGUUCUUGAUUUUUUUUUUUUUUUAGUCCACCAACUUUGCCCAUGGAUUUAAAAUCAGUCAUCUCAUUAUUUGUGGUUAGAAGACUCUAUCUCACUUCCCUGCAGGAGCUUCUGUGGAGCAUGAAAGAGAUACUUUGCAGUUUAAUCAGUGGAAACAUUUUCUGAAGUGUCCUCAUCAGAUUGCUGGGACAAUCCAGAUGCAUGUAGCUUUAUCAUGUCCUGAACAGUCUGGAGUGGGGUGAUGCGUGGUCACUGUCACUGAGUUCUGAGUCUUUUUGAAGCAUGUUUGAUCCCACUAAUGAAAGAAUGCCGGCUAGAUGCCAUAGUCGUAGAGAUGAUUCAGUCUGUGGAAGCGUGUGCUUCUAGAGUGUAGCUUGGGUGUUGAAGAUCCCUGGAGACUUUGGACAUGUUAUUCCUUCUAACUCCAGCUCUUCAGGUCAGAGAAGUGUCUUUGUUGUGCAGGUUAGAGACUCGCUCAGUUGAGGCCACAGAACUCUAGUCAGUCACUUUAUUUAAGAACUUUGCCUAAGGGUUUAAUCUUGGUGCGUGUUGCCUACAUGAGGCUUACCUGACAAUCACAGCCACUUCUAUAGAACGGGCUCGCUUCUGGAAUGUUCUUUCUAAAGCCCAUCUCAAUCACUUUAUUAUUUGAUUGACACAAAAAGCAUCGGUUUGAUAGUAGUGGUUUCUUAUCGAGUAAUUAUGAAAACUUCAGAGUGACUAUUAAAGUUUUUCUAGACUAAAAUGAUAAAGGUAAUGAAGGUAACUCCCAUUUUCUUAACUAAUUAAGAAUGGUUCAACAUGCAGAUAGAAGUGGUUGAAUAAGAAAGUAAAAUUUAAAAAUAUUCAAGACUGUUUAUUUAUUAUUUAUUUAUUUAUUUAUUUGGCCUUUGCUUCUCGCUGUAUCAACUGGCCCUGUACCCCGCCCAUCUCUUAAAGCAGACAAAUAGUUGGCCUGCUGCUAUAGGCAAUCCUGCAGCACAGAGACAAUCAAUGGAAACCAUAGUUACUACGGUUCUCUUAGCUCUGAUGUCAUCAUCUCUGCUGGACCUUUAUAGAUGGAAUUUAUCAACUUUGUUGCAACUGUGCAGGGUAGGUAUUAUUAGCUUUAUUGUGCAGAUAAAAAGCCUAAGACUUAGAAAGUCCAAACUAACUUGCCAUACAGCUAACACGUGAGUAGUGGGGACCAGAACCCAACAUCACCCUUGAAGCCCAUGUGAAUUCAGAGACUGUGACCCUUACUUCUUUGUUCGUCAACCUUGCAGAUGCUUGUCACUCCCAAGGGCGUAAAAUCAGGCAGUGCUGGUGAGGCAUGCCCCUUCCCUAGUGUUUCCUUACAUCUAUAAAAUGAAACGAGGAGUCAUGGGAUUUAAGAUAUUCAGCAAACAUCUGAUAAAUAUCAACAAAGCCAGCAGCUUAUGUAAGACUCACUAAGCAGCAUUGAAUCAUGGGAUGCACACAGCACAAAACAGGAUGUCAUGAGCUGCUUCACAGCAUCACGGAGCAGGUGGAAUCACAUAUGGGACAUCUACAGAAGUGGUCACUGAAAGAUGAUCAGCAGUGUGCCGUCUGUCUGGGAUCACAUCGGUGUGGUUUCCUACAAUUGCACACAAUCAAGCCUGCCAGAAUACAGUGAUAAGGGCGUCUUGUGUCAAAGUAAAUCGGAAGUGAUAAAAAAAAUGUUUGCACACUGUAAGGAACUCAAAGGAAAAUCAGACAGAGGUGUAGCUGGAUCAGAAACCUGAGGUGUGCAUGUUGUGAUUUCACACCAGGUGUGUACUUCUACUCCCGGACAACUUUCUACAGUGUUGUGUUUGUUUCUGCUGUUAGCUCCUAACUAAAUCAUGUUGAAUGGCCAAUUUAAGUUAACUAAAGUAUUUGGGACCUAAGGACUCCAUAAAUAUUCAUCAUUAUCAUUUAUUUACUCCAUCUUCCUACCACAGAUGUGAGAUCAGUGUGGGAUGAGCAAAACAGUAGUCAUCUGGCAUACAUUUUUAGCAUACAGAAGAGUGCAGUCUUCUGGUCCAUCUUUGAUGUACCAGUCUCAGUCAAGCACUGCCUGGACAGGACCCUCUGAGAAGACAACUCAAUACAACUCUUGAGAUCCGCCUCCAAAGAAAAUGAAGUGACAAAUGAAGAUGGGCCCAGUGCCCCCAAAUGCCACUUCCUCAAAUGUGAUUUCAGAUGGGUAUAUUUAUAGAGCAAGUAAUAGCUUUUUCCCAACCUUCUGGUAUUCAACCUGUGUGGGAUUUAUAGUUAAAUAAGAUUACCCUUUCUACUGCAGUAAAAAUAAAGCCGAGCUUUUUGUACAGUGGGUGAACAUCCAGUUCUGUAAUGUGGCAGUCUGAAUUACAGAGGGAAGAGGCAAACCUGGGAAGAAUAUCCUAAUAUGUUUGCCUAUUUAAGAAAUAAGACAUUUUCUGCAUUUUCUUUAAAAGUACCAAAUGUCAGUAUAGAUUAAGUUAUAAUAAUAAAAAACAAAACUCUGAUAUGAAAGUUAGUUACAUAAUAGCAAAAAGAUACCACACACAUCACAAGGAAUAAAACGGUUCUUUAGAAGAGUUAAAGUUUCCUUAAGGAAAUCUGCCAGGAACAGGUUGGAGUAACAGUAUUCCAGUAGCCUGUGUGUCACACUCGAAGGUGCUGGUUCACUAGUUUUAGAUUGUCAAGAUAGCUGCUGGUUUUACUGGUUUUGCUGAUGUUUAUACAGACAAAGCACUACCUUGUAGGAGCUUGAUAGCCACAGUUGGAUGUUCCUUGGAGUCAUGUAGCUUGUACUCAAUCUAGACUAGACUCCAUUUCUAUGUUGAAUUAUCUGAUGCCCAACACUUUUGAGUUUGCCAACCUCAAAUGCCUAGGGCUAUCGUCCAGGCUGACCGCAGGCCCUUUGCCCCUCUUCCUAUAGCUGUGGUCUGCUACAAUACUCACACCAACUUCGUUUAACUGUGGUUAUUGCUCCUGUAGCUGGUUGUUACUGUCUCCCAUUUCCCCUUUCUCCCCAGCCUUCCAGGAGAAAUAGCUGUGUGGCUUCUCACACUGCUAUGAGAAGAUAGUGGCACUUACUUAAAAUCCUAUGUCAUGGCCUCAAAAAGCAACAGAGACAGGAUGUUUCACAGAUCAGGGGAAAGUGCAUGCUAGUCAAGAUUAUUCUCAAAAAUAAGAUAGUACAGGAACCACAAUUGCCUAAUUUAACUUGACUCUUAGUUCAAUUGUACUAUCCUGAAAGGCGUUUAAAAACCCAUAUGUGUCCAUUCUAUACAAAGCAAAUAUGUUACUGAUUUUCCUCAUUCCUAGUUACACUGACCAAUAGAAUAGUGAAGUGCUCUGUGGGUGCAGAACGGGAGGCUUUUCCAAGCCCUUUAACUUAAACGUGUCAUGUGAUACUGCUCUUUUGGAAUGCUGUGCUACACGUAGUGGUAAUUGUAUAAGGUUAAUCAGAGUAUGUGAAAUUCUUGGUGCUGAAUUUAGGAUGUUUUUGGGAUUAUUGGGGAAAUACAUUUAAUGCCUGCUCCUUAGUAAUACAUAUUUGUUUUAUACUUAAUUUAUUCAAGUUAGCCAUUUCCAUUUAGUUUAUUGAGUGUUAUAAUUUAUUAGCUAUGUACCAGGUGUUAAUAAGUGGAUGUAUGUUUAUUUCUGAGCUAAGAUAAAAUAUGUCAUGUUGAUAUAUCUUUCACUGGAAAUGAAUGGUGGACAGGAAGUAAUUUUCAACUUAAGGUUUGGAUAUGAAACUGAUUUUACUGUAUGGAUUGCAGCGUAAUAGCUACUUAUUGGUAAUAUUAUUAAGUGAUUGGAAAAGGCAGAUGAGUGAGGUCACCAUGUUUCCAUCUCCAUGAUGACUGCAGUUAAUGCGGUAUUUCCAUUCACCUGUCUGUUUUCUAGUGAGUUCUCUAGUGUUGCUGGGCAUAAGGGGAUGAAGGAAGGAGCUCCUAUUCUAUUCUGCUAGUUCCCUGUCUCUCGCCUCUCCCUGUCUGUGUAAUCUACGUGUAUAUACAUAUAUGUAUGUAUUUAUAAUGGGUACCUGAUCAUUGAAAUAAAAUAAGA